AUGUUGCGCGCUCCCUACCACAACGCCAUGCGCUUAGGCCAGGGCUUCAAUACGUUCACUCAACAGCUUUGCAUGAACGAUGCAGUCUCCAAGGCAGACGAGCUACGGGAGGACGACUCGAUCACCCAACGCGGUUCGGCAGGAGUCAGCCAAAUCGUACAGUACUCAUCUCGUUUCGUAGACAAGCUCAGCGAUGUCACAAAUGCCAUGAAUGUGUCUGCCGCGCUCUCUAUCAAGACAGGUGUCAUCGGCGGCACCGCCACUGGCAAAUUCAUCGAUUCGGACAAGUUCACCGAGAGCGAGCUGAACUUCUUCAUUCAAGUCUCCGUCACGAACCAGGAGCAUAUGCCGUAUGAGUACAACAAAUUUGAGCCCAUCCCGGGUCUGCCCCCCGGACGCUUUACCGAAGUCUACGGAGAUGCUUUCAUCUCUGGAUGGGAAGAGGGUGGCGAGUUCAACGCCGUCGUUUCGGUGAAGCUCCGAGACAAGUCGAGUGCUACUCAAGUUGCAGCCUCGCUCCAGGCAUCGCUUGGGACUGCUGCUCUCUCAGGCUCCGUGGAAGGCCAGGGCCAGAUCGACAAAUCGUCUCUUGACAAAAUGGCCGAGACCACUAUCAGUGUGAAUUGGAGCGGCGGUGGCCAGAUCAAGGAGACGGACGUCAUCUGGGAUGUGACUUCUUUGACCAUUGCUGCGGCGAAUUUCCCUGACCUGGUGGCAAUGACGCCUCAACGAAAGUAUGCCCUCCUUACAAAGUACUCCGCCCUCAAGAGCUUUAUAACCGCUUCGGUACACUUCUCACCACUGGACUACGAAAACGCCGGCAUCUACGCAGGCUACUUGCUGGAGAUCUACACAGAGUAUAAGUCUGUGUGGAAGAAUCUUCAAGUCCUAGCUUGGGAGGUCCAGGAAGGCUCGAGCAAGGUGGAGGAAGCGAAACUGCCCCAAGACUCUGCGGACUUUCUCACAGGUUUGAUCAAGGAUGGCACAAUGACGGCAGAGAGCGAUCUCAAGAAGUGGAUGGCUCGAGUCAAUCAAUUGAACUUCGAGAUCGGCCAAAAGCGCAUGUUGGCUAUGGCUCUUGGACUCGAAAAUCAGCGUCUUGAAUCCGCGCUGGAGAAUAUCGACACGAACGAUAUGAAUGACGAAACAAAAGCAAAACUGGGAGAGCUGGGUCAAGAUCACGAUUCCGAUGAUGCUGGCCGGCAUGGAGGUGUUGGACCUACCGUCAAGACCAAUCCUCCUCCAUUGAAGGUGUACCCGGCCUCGAUCAUCGGCUUGAUUAACGCAAGGCACGACUGUCGCCUCGAAAUGGUCAAAGUUGUGAACGAGGUCGACCUUGUCACCUCAGAUCCUGCGAUCGCCUUAGAUCCGGAUCGGAAGCAGACGUUUUUGAGCCCAGCCUUAUUCAAACAGCUGAUUCCCGUGGGUACCAUAUCGGCUACACUGGUCCGAAAGCCUGCAGCAAGCAAUUCGAAGAUCUACUAUGGUAACCUUGCAAAGCUUCGACCUGAAGCUACGAAAUCUGCAGCCUAUUUUUCCGACCGUGCUGGGAAAUAUCUGAUGUCUGAACCGGUCGGAGUGACGACCAAAGAAGAGGGCGAUGACCACGAUGUGUUCUUCAACGAUCUUGACGCCAUCGACGACUCGGACGUACCGUACUACGUGCGCGUACAUUAUGACGAGGAGAAGAUCGUGACCCUGAAGGUUUGGUAUACCAACGGAAGACAAAUCACUCACGGCCUUCAGACGGGGCACACGUAUCACGGAAUGUAUCUCAGCGAUGCCGACCACGCCAACAUGGUCCGCCUGGAAGCGCACAAGUACAAGUCCCGGACGCUCCUGGAUCUUUUCUCAAUGGCGAGUGAUACGUCGUCCAUGUACGUCGCACCAGGCAAGCGGGCCAGCGACCAAGCAGUGGUCACCCCGAUUUUCAUGCGACAAAAGGGCUGGAAUUUCCGCGGCUUCUACGGCUUCAUCACCAACGAAGGAGGCAUUACUGGCUUGGGCACUAUAUGGGCUAAUCUCACUCCUGAUCAGACCGAGCCCAAAACGCCGCCACCACCACUCUUCGAAGACAAGGAUUCUCCCGUGCCUGGCUCGGCGCUUGCAAAACAGUUCGACUUCUACGAGAAGAAAGGCCGCUUCUACCGCGUGGGUCCUUGUUACAAUGAGUCAAAGGAGGCCUCGGCCCAUGUUUUCUCCAUGAUCAACUGGAUCAGCCAGGGCCACAUGCCGGGGAAGCUGGACUUCUGCAAGGACGGCACGGCGCCGUUGCAGGGCAUCCGGGCCGUCGUGUUGACCUGGACGGACGACGGGCCGAGGACGUUCCCGGACGGUGUCAAACUUGAUGGCCUGACGAAAGAAACACUCGAGGUUGCCAAAUCCCGGGUUACUCAGGCCAAGUAUCAAUUCCGGAAAUUGGCUUCGGGCAAGUUUUGCCUCAGCUUUGUGUAUCUUGAAUUCGACAAUGGUUCGCAUUUCAAGACGGGCUUCGAGCUGAGUGGUGAUGACCUCAAGGCUGGCGGGGUGGAAAAAUGGGUAAAGAGACCGGCCCCGUCAGAAGGCAAGUCCUGGAGCCUGGGAGGCUUCUAUGGUCAGCAUGACGGUGAUUAUAUCGUGAGCUUGGGUUUCUUGUGGGUUCGGGAUUCCUGA